UUGGGUGCUGCAGGGGAACUCCUGGUUCUGUCUCAUCAGAGCACGCCGAGCGGAAAGAGAGAGAGAGAGAGAGAGAAAGAGAGAGAGGGGGAGGGAAAGAGAGGAAACUGAGAGACAGGAAAUCAAGAGGGGGCAAAGAGAAAAGGCCCUCCAGAAAUAACAGAUUAAAAAAAGAAAAGCGGGAGGAUCGCGAAUCCUCUGGCGUCUGGCGGACGGACUGCGCACAGGGAGGCAGUGGGACAGAAUGCUCCGGCUGAGGGAGGUCCUGGCGUUGGCGGUUCUCCUGGCGGCCCAGCCCGGCACCUGGAGCUCCGCCAGCCGCCCGGCCCCCCAGGACUGCACCUCCUGCAGGGGCCUCCGCGCCCAGGCCCAGCCCAGCGCCUCCUCCCUGCGGGCCCAGGCCCAGCCCGGCACCUCCUCCCUGGCGGUGGGGGAGCCCUGCGGGGUCUACACGCUGAGCUGCGCCCAGGGGCUGCGCUGCACCCCCCCACAGCGCCACCACAGCCCCCUCCAGGCCCUGCUGCAGGGGAGGGGGGUCUGCACUCAGGACCACAGGCCCAGCCCCACACAGAGGCCUGUCACCACAGGUCCGCACCCUUCACACAGUGGUGAGCUUGAGAAAGCUCCUUGUCGUACGCUGCUGAACACCGUUUUACGCCAUCUUGAGCUCACUCAUUUCCCAGCAAACCGUGACAUCUACAUCCCCAACUGUGACAUGCGUGGGUUCUACAGGAAGAAGCAGUGCCACUCCUCUAAGGGCAUGCGGCGUGGCCUGUGCUGGUGUGUGGAUGAGCAGGGGGCGGUCCUGCAGAACACUGGGGAAGGAGCCGCGGCCUGCGACAGCGAGUGAGGCCCCGCGCCCGUCACCGAGGAGGAGGAGGAGGAGGAAGGCCAGGAGGAUGGCAGAAGGCUUUAUAGUACGCUGGACACCGCUUGCCAAAAAACAGAGGCUGGAGACCAAACCUGCGGAGAAGCCCACUCAAAACCAUCAGCCUACCUUACGAUUCACCCAACAAAGAAUGUCAGCAACCACCACAACCUAAUCAUUUUGUAGGAAUGCUGUAUGCAGGAUAUUUUAGCCACCGGCUUCCAAUCUGAUGCUUCAGACCAUGUGAUGUUCCCUUUUAAUGGGAAAUUUGAGCCAAAUUAAUUGGGGAGGGCUGCAUUCCCUACAGCAGGGAAGGCAAAUCCUACCUAGGAUUGUUUGGGAAUUUAAAACAUGUUACAAAUUGGAGGGCAUUUUAAAUGGCUUUUCCCAAUUGCUUUGACACGUACGUGAAGGAACCUUUGGUGAGGCUUGAUGUAUUCCCUGUGAGUCUGACUGAAGAUCCUCCAGAGAUGUCUCAUCUCCAGACGUGGUUCGCAGGCACACAGGCAUGGCAGCAACAGACUGCCGCAGUCUCGCUACCUUUCCAAAGCAAUCGCUUUCUCAAAUCUCCAUUUCACAACCAGAGCACAUUUUUAAAAGGCACAGGCUAGCUGUUCCCUCUGCCCAAGUUAUUCAGAAAGAGGUCUUUGCAAUGGGCCCUCUGACGUCACUGCCCACCAGUGGCUUGGUUUGUAGGUCAUACCAGUUAGUCUAUUAAUACGCUCGGCUCAAAGCAGCCAUUUUAGAAACGGGGAGCAGAAUAUCCCAGUUCAGUACAGGCAAUGUUCAGAAUAGAAGAAUGUCUGCAUAAAGCACAUAAACCAGCGGGCUCCUCUGAACACAGACCCUCAGACCCUUUGGCCUCCAUUUUGGACUCAGUUACACAUAAUUUCAAGCCAAGUCCUUCAUUUCAACAGAUAUUUUCAGUUGUUUGUUGUUUUUUUGCAGGGGGAAAUAUGUAGUGACGUGAGCAGUCAAACUGGAAAGCCAAAACGCCACCGCCAUCUUCGCUGAAAUAUGCUUGCGUUCUUCUCAUUUACUGUGGAGCGUUAGUUUAAAGCAGGUUAUUUUUUUUAUUCUUUAUUCUUUUGCAGCUGUUUCUUUAUUUCUAAGAAUAUGUAUACGAAUUGACAAAAAUGCCUGAAAUAGUUGUUCAAUAUUUAGGGCCAAUUGCAAAGGAAAAUGCGUGAAACUGGCUAUUGCUAUGGCCGGUUUAUUUUUGCAUUUGAUGAACUUUGAGAAAAAUUCAGGGCAGAUGCUGUUUUGUCACCUUCCAAUUACUAUUUUUUAGAUUUCAUUGCAGAUUGUAAAGGCUUGACAACUACUCCCUUCACAAGUAAGACGGAUUGAGUCAAGGAAUCUAGUGACCCCAGGGUAUGAGUUUGCCAAUCGAGUUACAACACUUGAGGCUGCAGUGACGCAGAUAUUUAAAUCCCACCCCUUUAGAACCAAACCCCCAAAUCCAACCCUCCCUCCAAAAUUACACUGACAAUAAAGCAAAAUAAAAAUGAAUGGCCUAUAUAUAUGUUUUUCAUGUAAUUUAUUCUGAAGCAUUAUUUUCAUGCUUAAGUUUCAAUAGUUGGUGUUAGAGACUGAUGCCCUUUUUGAAAAGUCAACAUAUUUUUAUAUACUUUUGUACUUUUCUUUUAUAAACAUAUAAAUAUUAA